UCUCUGAUCGAACUUCCCAAAUAUCAAACUAAAUAGUCAUGUGGCCUUGAACGACAUGGCAACUUUGGUAGCUUUGACCAAUCAGCAGCGACUGCCGGUCCUGCUAACUCCGACCCUUUCAUACUUCACGCAUCCCAAUGGGUUGAAUGAUUUCCCUGUAGAAACAUCGCACGUGUGUUUCAUCAGCCAGAAUCUGCUGGAGUAAAAACAGGUGCAGCUCUCACUCAGACCAGUACAGACUAAAUCAAGCAACUACUAAAGCAGCAGAAUGUGUGGUAUAUGGGCCUUGUUCGGUAGUGAUGAGUGUCUUGCGGUUCAGUGCAUUAAUGCCAUGAAGAUCGCACAUCGCGGUCCAGACGCUUUCCGCUUCGAGAAUGUCAACGGUUUCACCAACUGCUGCUUUGGGUUUCACCGUCUGGCCAUUGUGGACCAGCUGUACGGCAUGCAGCCUCUGCGUGUCAAGAAGUUUCCCUACCUCUGGCUGUGUUACAACGGUGAGAUUUACAACCACCUCAAGUUGAAGAAGCACUUUCAGUUUGAGCAUCAGACCAAAGUUGAUGGAGAAAUCCUUCUACACCUCUAUGAUCGCUUUGGAAUCGAGAAGAUGGCCUCGCUGCUAGAUGGUGUAUUUGCCUUCAUAUUGUUGGACACUGCUAACAGAAAGGUUUUCCUAGGCAGAGAUACCUAUGGUGUGAGGCCAUUGUUCAAGUUGAUGGCUGAUGAUGGCUUUCUAGCUGUCUGUUCUGAGGCCAAAGGUUUAACACAGAUCACACACUCCAUGUCCACUCCUGCAAAGAUCAGUCCCUUCCCCCCGGGACACUUUGAGGUGUUUGACUUGAAAAUUACCGGGAAAGUGGAGUCUGUUCAGAUAGACCGCUUCCACAGCUGCACAGACGAACCCAAACAUGCCACCUAUGACAAGGUGGAGGGACUUGGCACAGGCUUUGCAUUGGAGACAGUCAAGAGCAACAUUAGAAUACUGUUUGAAAACGCUGUCAGGAAACGCUUGAUGGCUCACAGAAGAAUCGGUUGCCUUCUCUCAGGUGGUCUUGAUUCCAGUCUGGUUGCUGCAACCCUUGUGAAACUGGCCAAAGAAGAGCAGCUCACGUAUCCCAUUCAGACCUUUGCCAUUGGUGCUGAAGACAGCCCCGAUAUUGCAGCUGCUCGCAAGGUGGCAGCUCACAUAGGCAGUGAGCACCAUGAGGUGAGCUUCACUCCUGAGGAGGGGAUUCGUGCACUGAAGGAAGUCAUUGUUCACCUCGAGAGCUAUGACAUCACCACUGUGCGUGCCUCUGUUGGUAUGUACCUGAUAUCAAAGUACAUCCGUGAGAAGACAGACAGCGUUGUUAUUUUUUCAGGUGAAGGCUCUGAUGAGCUUACACAAGGAUACAUCUAUUUCCAUAAGGCUCCAUCACCUAAAGCUGGCGCUGAGGAAAGUGUGCGUCUGCUGAAAGAGUUGUAUUUGUUUGAUGUGCUGAGGGCAGACAGAACCACAGCUGCUCAUGGACUGGAGUUGAGAGUGCCUUUCCUGGACCACAGGUUCACAGCAUACUACCUCUCUCUGCCUGAAGAGAUGAGAGUGCCAAAGGAUGGUGUGGAGAAGCAUCUCCUGAGGGAAGCGUUUAAAGGAAUGAAUCUGAUCCCAGAUGAGAUUCUCUGGAGAAGAAAAGAGGCCUUCAGUGACGGGAUGACAUCUGUGAAGAAAUCCUGGUACACAAGCCUACAGGAGCACAUUGAGUCUGAGGUGAACGACUCCCAAUUAGAGAAAGCAGCAAAGCUAUUCCCCUUUAACCCCCCUACAACCAAAGAGGGUUUUUUCAUAAGGCAGAUCUUUGAGAAGCUCUACCCUGGCCGCUGUGAGUGGACGCCACAUUACUGGAUGCCCUGCUGGAUCAAGGCCACAGACCCUUCGGCCAGAACCCUGUCCAUCUACAAGCCUGAUAAAGAUCAGUAAUCAUGCCCGACUUCCACAGCUUGAUUUAACAUGUUCUCUUCAACUAUACAACGCACACUAUGAUUUUGCAGCUUAUGGAUAUAUCUAAAUAUACACUACCGGUCAAAAGUUUUGAAACACUUGACUGAAAUGUUUCUCAUGAUUUUAAAAAUCUUUUGAUCUGAAGGCGUAUUCUUAAAUGUUUGAAAUUAGUUUUGUAGACAAAAAUAUAAUUGUGCCACCAUAUUAAUUUAUUUCAUUAUAAAACUCACAAUUUAAUAAAAAUAAAAAAAGGUUUUUGAAAUUGAUGACUUGGACCAAAUAAUAAAGAAAAGCAGCCAAUAUGUGCCCAACAUAAUACUGUUUAAAAAUCAUCCCAGGGUGAUACCUCAAGAAGUUGGUUGAGAAAAUGUCAAGAGUUCAUGUCUGCAAAUUCUAGGCAAAGGGUGACUACUUUGAAGAUGCUCAAAUAUAAAACAGUUUUGAUUUAUUUGGGAUUUUGUUUAGUUACAACAUCAUUCCCAUAGUUCCAUUUAUGUCAUUCCAUAGUUUUGAUGACUUUACUAUUAUUCUAAAAUGUGAAGAAAAAAUUAUAAUAAAGACUGAGUAAGUGUUUCAAAACUUUUGACGGUAGUGUAGCUGUUAACAAAAAGAGCAAAUUAAUAUAGGCUGCUGUGGGAACUGCGUGUUCCAGCUCUUAUGUCCGAGUUGGCACAAACAUUACAAUGCUGUAUCUUAUCGUGUUUUAGUAUUUGCAAAAGAGAAUUGUUGUUGGUCAAUUUCUUUCAAAUUGGAUUUACAUCCUCUGCCUAUGCCAUGGAAUUUAAUAAUGGUGUUGGAUUUGCAACACUCCAACCGUUCAAGCUGCUUUGCUAGCUCUGGUGACUGACUCAGUAAAGCUCAAAUAUAUUAAAGGGAGAGUUUGCCCAAAAAAAUGAAAAUUCUUUCAUCACUGAUUUUUAUUCUCAUGUUGUUCCAAACCUGUAUGAUUUUCUCUGUUCCUUGGAACAGAAAGGAGUUUUGAAGAAUUUUUCCAGUGUUCUUUUCCAUACAAUGUAAGCAUAAAGCAUAGGGCUGGGUAAAAAUAUCAGUUUUCUGAUGCAUCUCGAUCUUUUACUCUGUGUGACAACCCCCUAAAAUGCAAGUGAAUCACUCACAUGUGUGACCAAAUCUCACGCUUUGUGACUAAAAAUGUCUAUUAUUAGCCACUGGCUGGUAAAUGCUCAGAUUUCACUCACCAGUGAUUGAGUAGUAUAGUGGAGAAGUUAUUAGCACAGAGGUCCUUUCACUGCAUGUUGAGAGUAAAAGUUUGGUUUAAUUCGUUCUGUGUGAAGAGAUCCACGGAUCCAUAUAUAUCUCAUUGAAAAAUGUCUCUUUUAAUACCCUUUCUGUUUUUUUUAGUCAGUUGUUGAUAAAAAACAAAACAUUAAUUCUUAUCACACAUGGAUGCACUAAUGAAAUUGUUCUCUCAUUAUGGGCUUACUGGCUGAUGCCAGUUUCUUAAAGAGACAAUACCGAUUAAGCACGUGUUCUACAUAUCAAAUUAAUACUUGUAAAUAGUACAAAUUAUGCAAGUAAACAAUACAAAUGUAACAAAAAUAUAUAUGCAGCACAAUAUAUGCAAUUUCAAGAUAUUAAUUUAUGGAAUACACUGAAUUUGAUCUUCUUUCAAAAGCUAAAAUGUGACCAAUUUCAUGAAAAACUAAUGAUAAAAUAUAAUUUGUAAAAUUCAUAUUUUUGAAUUGUGCCUAGAAGGUUCCUUUAUAAUUAAGAGCAUUAGCUGAGAGAGAAUUUCUUUAAUAUUUAAGCAUACUGGGCAUUGUAACAGAAAUGAACCCUUAUGAAUUGAUAUCGAAUCAAGAAAUCUGUAUCAAUACCCAGCCCUAAUAAAGCAUAUAGGUACCAUGGGGUUUCCAGAAAGGACAAAAUUACCAUAAAUGUAAUCCAUAUGAAUUUAGUGUUAUAUUCCAAGUCUUCUGAAGACAUACGAUAGCUUUGUGUGAACAACAGUCUGAAAUCAUUAUUCAUUGAAUUCCAGUAUCUCUUUCCCCUCCAUCGUAGCUCUCAAAUCUCUUUUGCUUAUACAUACUGUAUAUUGAUGAUUCUCACAAAAAUGUCCUUGUCUUUAUCCCCAAAAUUCCAUAAAUGCAUAUAUAUAUAUAUAUAUAUAUAUAUAUAUAUAUACUAGAAUCAGAAUCUUUGUUAUUUUGUCAUCACAGUUUUAUUGAGAAAGUAUGGUGUCCAUAUGUAUUUUUUGCAAGGUACUGAUAUAUUUAUUUUAAGCCUACAUUUUGGACCUUUAAGGAUCAUUAAUAGGACACAUUUUACCACUCAAUUAUCAUUACCAUAACACGUCCAGACAUUUUACUUUUACUAUUCGCAUUGUUUUCAAUGAUAAUUCUCAUUACCACAAGUCACUUUUUAACUGUAUUACAGUACAAAAGAUGCUGUUGUACAUUUAUAUUUUUAUUAAAAAAAACUGCGAAAAUGAAAGGCAGUACCAAGAGAAUACAGCUACAAUGUGUAAAUACAAUUUAAAUAUUUAGUUUUUUUAACAUGGCAAUAAUGAGAAUAUAAUAAUGACUACCUGUUUUCGCAUUGCAGUAUUUCACUGGCAUUCAAAUCUUAAUGUCCCCCAUAAAAGGCUUCAUUUCCUGAAUGUAAAAUAUAAUUUUUUAAUUGUUCCUUUUUAUUUUGGAGUAAAAGAUGGCCAGAACAUUUUCUUGAUGGGUUUCGUGAGAAUCACGAACACAAACUAUUUGUGCGAAAUUUGACAGCAAUCACACCAAACAUCAUUGAUUUUUCUUGUCUUAAAAUUAUUAUAAUGCAAUAAUUCUUUCUUAUGCCUUUGAAAGAUGAAAGUCUUUUUGAGUGUGCAACAACAUGAGGGUGAGUAAAUGAUGACAGAUUUGUUACAGGUGGAUUUCUUACAAAUAGGAUUUAUAUCCUCAGCUGAUUCAGUGAAAUUACAAUGUAGGAUCUGUUUAACUGUCCUAAGUGUUCAACAACCAGUAAAGCUCAAAUGCAUUGAUAUAAACCAACCAAAUGCCAGACUUCUUUCUCUCACAGAACGUAAAGUGGAUCCACUUAUGUAUUUUUAAUUUAAUUCAUUUGUCAAGCUUAGUGGUUAUAUCAGUACCUUGCAAAAAAAAUACAUAUGGAUACCGUACUUUCUCAAUAAAACUGUGGUAACAUUUUGUGGUGACAAAAUAACAAAGAUUCUGAUUCUAGUAACUAUUGUUGCUAUGGCAUUUUGGAGGAAACUAUGGGUACCAUGGUCCAUUUUUGUUAGGGCUCAUCUGGUAACUAAAUGUUGUUGGUUUAAACCCUACAAUUCAUGAACUAUUACCAUUGUGCCCUUGAGCAAGGCUCAUAAACUCCAGUGGGAUGGUCCUUUUAAUUGGUGUACUGUACGUUGUUUUGUAUAAAAGUCAGCUAGAUGACAAAUUAGUAGUAAUCACUAGGCCAGUUAUAUAUCUUUAAUGCAGCUAAGUUAUGGUUAUUCACAAAAAUGUAGCCUUAAAUUAUGGGUUAGCAUAGGGAUACAAAAGUGCACUGAAUGUGGGAUUGAAGCGAAUAUAUUCAAGGUUGUACAAGAAUAAUAUGUGGUUAUAGGUGUAAUGUUUGUAUGUUCUUUGGUGGGACAGCACUGGAAUAUGAUAAAAUAAUAAAUGUUACACUA